GACAACAAAAACAACGGCCAAUAAUAGUAAUAAAAAUAAUAAUAAUAAUUCCAAUGAAGAUGAUUCUUCAAUUCCUUUAAAUUUAUGUGUAAAAAAAUCAUCAUCAUCAUCAUCAUCGACAUCGUCAUCGUCAUUGUCUUCAAAUAAUAGUAAUAAUAAUAAUAAUGUCUCAUCAUUGCAGCAUAACAAUUUUGGUAGCAAUAAUAAUAAAUUACAUCUUCACCAUCAACACCAUCAUCAUCAACAACAACAACAAUUACAACAACCAGAUUCUCAUACACUGAAUUUAGUCAAAAAUCUAGCCCAAUUACAGCAACAACAAAAUUCUCAACAACAAUUACAAUUCAAUAACAGUCUGCUAUCGCAACAACAACAACAACAUCAACAGCCUCAACAACAACAAAAGAAACGUGGAAGAAAACCGAAAUCAACAUUGAUGGCAUAUGGCGAUCCACAGCCACAUCCAACACAAACGCAUCAUCAGCCAUUAUUACAGCAGCAGCAGACGCCGCCAACAUUGCCGUUACCGGAUUUUUCCGGUUUCGGUAAUUUAUUGGCUGCAUUCAAUCAACAACAAGCCCAUCUUCAGCAACAACAACAACAACAGCAGCAGCAGCCACGAAAACGUGGCCGUCCGCCUACAUUAUCACCACCACACAAUGCCCAUCAGAAUAGUUUGGCUAAUUCAAAAUUAGCUACCAAUCAACAAGCUACCAGUGCCUUUCAUCAAAAUACUUAUCCAUUCAAUUUGUUUAAUACUCCUGCGGCGAAUGAUGGAAUCAUACCGAAUUUUCCUGGUCUCAAUGCUCUAUCGUUGGCGGCAGCGGCUGCACUUGCUGGUGGUGGUCAAUUGGCUAAUCACCAAUUAUUCAAUAAUGCUGUCAAUCAGUUUAGCAUUCUACAGAAACUUAAUCCAAAUCUAUUGAAUGCAAAUCUAUUUGCCAAUCUAAAGAAUCCAAUGGAAUUGGCUGCAGCAGCAGCUGCAGUAACAGCAAAUAGUAAUGACAUUGUUAAUAAUAAACAUUCAUCAGCUUCCUCAUCAUCAUCAUCAUCAUCAUCGAAAUUUGUUGAUCCGGCUUUAUUGCUACAAAAAGAGCUAAAUGAUCAAAUGCAGGCCAAUUUUCUUUCAUCAUUACCUGCUGCUGUGGCCAAGAAUCUAAUUGGUGAUCAAUCCGGUGGUAGCAACACUUCGAUGAAUAAAAGUUCAUUUGCUCAUAAAUCGAAUUCAAGCGAUAAACAGCUACGUAUUUCUUUGAAUCAUGGAUUUCAACGUUUCACUUAUAUUACGGGAUUUUCUAAAUCGGGAACAAUUGAAGGUGAUGUUAUUUAUAUUGCACCAUGUAAAAAGAAGAUAAAAAGCUAUCAAGAUUUAAUAAAGUAUUUAAGCAAAAAUAAUGUGGUCAAUUUAAGUCGUGAAAAUUUUAGCUUUGAUCCCAAUGUAAUCAUUGGCCAAUUCAUUCCAAAUAUUGCACAAUUACCAAGUGAUGUCAUAUUGAGUGAAAAUCAGAUGAAAGUUCAUCUGGAAGAAUUGAGCAAGAUACGAAAUUUGGAUCUAUCUGCUACCAGUAUAACAGCCGUACCUCCACAGCAAACGAUUGCACAAUCAAAUCAGAAUUAUAGUAGUAGUAAUCAUAUUAUUCCAGAGAAAAAGAAACGUGUUCGUGAUAGUGGUGGUACAAGAAAUGUUUAUGAUUCAAUCAAAGGAUUUAAUACUAGAAGUAAAACGGCAGCUGUUGUUCAUCAUCAAAAUAAUGAUAUUAAAAAUAAUGAACUUGAACCAUCGGUUACGAUAACAAUACAGAAUCCGAUGGUAACACCAGCACCGAUAAGAGGUACUAAACGUAAAUCUACUGAACGACAUGAAACAGCAAGAAAUGAAAAAUUAUUAAAAAAACAACAAGAAGAACUUGAACGAAAACAACGAGAAUUAAAAGAAAAAGAAGAAGAAGAAUUACGAAAGAUAAAAGAAAACCAGGAAAAGCUUUUGGAAUUACAGAAGCAAGAACAAUUAAAAAUAUCGGCCGAAAUUGAACAUGAACGUGUUAGUCAACAUCAAAUGUUUAUACAUGCAUUGAAUGAAUUGAAAUCAUCUGAAGAUCGCGAUUCGAAAAAAGAAGAGCUUAGUUCGGAAAAAGUAGCACUUCAAGAACGGAAACUAUUAAAACGUGUGUUGGAGGUAGAAUUAUUGAAGGAGUUGAAAAAACCGGUCGAAGAUAUGAUGUUGAAAGAUCAUAAAAAUUUACCAAUAUUCAAUCGGAUACCUGGUCAAAAAUUAACUGGUAAAGCAUUCGCCGAUUUAUUAAUGGUCUAUGAAUUUCUUUACAAUUUUGGCGAAACAAUUGGAUUCGAUGUUGAUAGCUUGCCAACGUUAAAUUCAUUAAUGAUGGCCUUGUUAAAUUUGGAUAGCGAAGCUGAAGAAGAAUUAAUGUCUAUCGUAAAUCAUUUGGUUAUCUGUGCUAUCGAAGAUCCUGGUAUGCCGAAUAAUAUGACAACUUUGAUGGGACAAAAACUAAAAGAUGCCACUGUAACUGAACAUAAUGUGACGGAAAUUUUACGAUUAUAUUUUUUGGCCUUCAGUAAUGCUGUUCGUGAAGAAGAUGAACCAAAUCGUGUUGAAUGCAAAAUCCAUGAAAGACUUUGUAGUGGCAUAUCAUUUAUUGCUCUUGAUGCUAUUGUCAAAUUGGACAUUUUAGUUUUUCUCUGUAAUGAACUAUUAUGUAAUCAGGCCAUUGUUAAACAAAUCGAUGAUAGUAUCGAAAGUGUUACUGUAUUUAAAAAAGAUAAAUGGGGUAUUGAAAAUGAUAUACGAAAAUUUCGCCUGGUUAAAAUGCGACGUGAACGAAUCAUUGAAGAAGAGAAAGCCAAACAAUUGUUAUUACAACAGGAAAAAGAUAAUGCCAAUACGAAUCAAUCGGCAACAACAAUGGCUGAAAAUGGUGGUGAAAACAAUGUUACCAAUACCGGUGAGAAUACAACAGGAACCGGCGAAAAUAGCACUGUGAUCAGUGAUAAUGAUGAAAGCAAUACAAAUGUCAGUGCUGCUACUUUAUCCAAUUCAGUGACGACAAUCAAUUUACCUCCAAUCGAAUUUGAUGACGAUGUAAAUAUGACUAAUGAAGAAAUUGAUAAAAAAAUUGAAAGGUUAAACAAACAAUGCAAUCAGAUGAAUAAUAAAAUGCACAAAGCUUUAAAUGCAUAUCGUGUGUUCCCAUUGGGUCAGGAUCGAUAUCGACGUACUUAUUGGGUUCUACCAAAUUGUGGUGGUGUUUUUGUCGAAGGCAUGGAAUCCGGUGAACCAGAAGAAUUGGCCAACAAUGUUUGGACAGAGGAAGAAAUUGAAAUGGAAAAUGCAUUGAAAAAUGCCAUCAAUGAUGAACCAAUGGAAGAUCUGACCACUGGUGAUGGUGAAAUCAAAUCCGAAUUGGAUAAACAAUCAAUGAAUGGUGAUAAUGAUGUCGAACAAACCGAUACAAUGUCUAUAAAAGAAGAAAAUGAUGAUCGAGAUAAUGCUUAUAAAGAUGUACCAUCUACUGAUGAUGAGAAAAAACCAAUUGUUGAUGGUCAACAGGUUAAACCAGAAAUGGAACCAAAAAUGGAAAAAGAUGAUGCACUCAAAACCGAAUCAAAUGAAAAUGAAAUGACAACCACCAAUCAAAUGGAUAAGAAAGAUGAGCUCUCUGAAUCUGAACAAAUCGAUGUUAACAAUGCACAACAAAUUGACCAUAUAACUGUUGAUGAUGUAAGAUGGUUUGAUUUAGAUCUUGAUUUUGAAUGUGAUCAAUCAGUUGAACAGCCGCCGAUCAUUGAUGAAUCAACAACAGUGAAAGAAAAAGAUGAUGAAGAAACAGCAGAAGAAAAAGAAACGAAUGAACAAGAAAAAGAUGAUCAGAAUCAGGAAAACAAAAAAGAAGAAGAAGAUGAUGAUGAAGAAGAAGAAGAAAUUGCUGAGAUCAAAGAAGAACCAAUGAGUGAAAUGGAUAGAGCAUUAACAACGUUCAUGUCUCAAGAUACAUUGGAUUGUCUAUUCAAAAGGACCGAAAUGAAUAUCGAUUGUGCCAUACUCAAAGAUUGUUUACUACGAAUAUUAUCAUCAUUUGCACGUAGUGCUACUAUUACUAAAUUUCCCAAUAGUGAAGUUAUCGAAACAGACAUAAUUGUUUGUCCAACAUUACAAAAACGAAUUCAAUUAUGGAAAGUGUUACAAUAUGAAACACCGCGUAAAGUUCCACGUGAAUAUCAAUUUGGAUGGUGGCGUAUUACCGAUGGUGCUCAACUUAAAUCAAUGAUUGAAUUACUACAUUCGAAUGCAUUACGUGAAAAGAAUUUACAAAAACAUCUGAUUAAACAUUUGAAUUAUGCAACAAUAUCGUGUAGAAAUUCUAUAGCCAAUCUAGAUGUUAGUGAUUAUGAUCGUGAUGCUUCUGAUUGGAGAGAAUUUGGUGCACCAACAGAAAAUCGUUGCCCACAUCGGUCAUGUAUGGGUAAAAAUUAUUGUCAUGAAGUGGCCUUGAGAAAAGAUCUUCAAGUACUUGAAUUGAUUGAAGCAUUUGAAGAAAAAAUUCUAUCCUGCAGUAUGCAGAUUCGUAACUGGAAACCAUCAAACAAGUUAUCUAGUGCAGAUUUUAAAUCCAAAUUGAAUCAAAAUAAAUCAUCCAAAACGAAUAAAAAUGGUAAAAAUCGAAAAAAUCAUAAAAAUAAUAAUAAUCACAAUGAAAACAGUGAUUGUAGUAAUGAUUCUAUUCAAGAGAAUGGUACAAAUGGUUGUACACUAGUGAUUAGUACUGAAAAUAAUGGUGAUUAUGAUUUGUUAAGGGUACAGAAAGAAAAAUUAUUGGAAAUUGAAGCAACCAUUGAACGACGUUAUCUAAAACCACCAUUAGGUUUCAAAAACAAUCAAGCUCUUCAAUUCACUACCGACAAUGGUAAUGGUGGUGAUGAUUAUAAUGAAUAUGCAAACGAUGAUAAUGCUACUGCUGGUUUAAUACGUUGGCGUGAUGCAGCACGUGAAGCCAAAUGUUGUUCACAGAUUGCAAUGGGUCUACAUUUUCUUGAAAAUUGUAUCGCUUGGGAUAAAUCCAUAAUGAGAGCGAAUACCAUUGAUAAGGUUUGCAUUGUUUGUGGUAAAAAAGGCAAACUACUAAAUUGUGACACCUGUGCCAAAGCAUUUCAUCCGAACUGUAUUGAUCCACCUGUCAACAAACAAAUCAAAGGCAGAUGGAUUUGUCAUAUGUGUAUGCGUAAGAAUAAACGAAAUUCCAGUUCUAAAUCAUCGAAAAAAUCAUCAUCAAAAGAAUCAUCAUCAGCAAAUGAUGAUAGAAAUCAUGAUUCAAACAUUAUGGGAAAUAAUUCAAAUACAAGAGAAUCCAGUAGUAAACGAAUGUCGAAUGGAAAUGCCAAAGAUAAAGGAGAAAAAGAAACGGCCAACAAAAAAGAACGAAAACCAAAAAAGAAACAAGACAAAGAAAAAGAUAAUAAAGACAAUAAAGAUAAGGAUGAAGAUCAUCAUUUAGAGAAAGAAAAAUCUGAAAAAAAUGAAAAAAUGAGCAAUAAAAAAUCAAUGGAAAAAGAAUGUAGUAAUAAUUCAAAUGCCAAUAACAAUGGUAAUAAUAUGGCUGGAACAAUGGAACAACAACAACAACAAUCUUUGGCUACCAAUUCAUCAUCAAUAAAGAAUGAUGAAAUUGCUUUAUGUAAACAAAUUACCGAUGAAAUUAUGAAACAUGAAACUAGUUGGCCAUUUUUGGAACCAGUUAAUACGAAACAUUUUCCAACAUAUCGUAAGAUUAUCAAAAAACCAAUGGAUUUUACACUUAUUAAAAAUAAAUUACAAAAUAAUAGUUAUAAAACCAAAGAAGAUUAUGCUGCCGACAUACGAUUAAUGUUUGACAAUUGUGUUACAUUCAAUGAAGAUGAAUCACCAGUCGGUCAAGCUGGCCAUUUAUUACGUGCAUUUUUUGAAUCACGUUGGAAAGAAUUGUUUAACACUCCGAUCUAAUCAAUAUUCAACAACAA